AAAAGACCCCUCCCACUAAUUGAAAAUGCUUCAUUGAGCCACAUUCCAUAGAAGUCUGCGGAUUAUCGGCAUUUUGCUUUAAUUGGACGCAUUAUUUAGGAUAUUUUAUGCAUCAGAGAAGCAGUUGGGAUACAUUUUUCCCUACAUGAUAACCUAAAUAAUUAGCAAUUGACAUAUUAUUCUCAAAUUUGAGGGGCCUUAGAAAAUUACAAGAUUCAAUCAUGGCCCAAGUUAUGUCUCAAAGCACUACAGGAAAGUUUAGUGAUAUUUAUGAUCUAAAGGAGGAAUUGGGGAAGGGUGCCUUUUCCAUUGUGCGAAGAUGUGUGCAAAAGUCAACUGGCCUCGAAAUGGCCGCAAAAAUAAUCAACACAAAAAAAUUGUCGGCAAGAGAUCACCAGAAACUUGAAAGAGAGGCUAGAAUUUGCCGUCUGCUGAAGCACCCAAAUAUAGUAAGAUUACACGACAGCAUCCAAGAUGAAGGAUUUCACUAUCUAGUAUUUGAUUUAGUAACUGGGGGAGAAUUGUUUGAAGACAUUGUAGCCAGAGAAUUUUAUAGUGAAGCAGAUGCAAGCCACUGCAUUCAACAAAUUUUAGAGGGUGUCCAGCAUUGCCACACAAAUAAUAUAAUACAUCGUGAUCUAAAGCAGAUUCUAGAAAGUGUUCACUAUUGCCACCUAAAUGGGGUUGUACAUAGAGAUUUAAAGCCAGAAAACCUACUAUUAGCUAGUAAAGCAAAGGGGGCCGCUGUAAAAUUAGCAGAUUUUGGGUUAGCUAUAGAAGUACAGGGUGAUCAACAAGCGUGGUUUGGUUUUGCUGGUACACCUGGCUACCUCUCCCCUGAAGUCUUAAGGAAAGACCCAUACGGAAAACCUGUAGAUAUAUGGGCAUGUGGUGUAAUAUUAUAUAUCCUCUUAGUGGGUUACCCUCCAUUUUGGGAUGAAGAUCAACAUAGGUUAUAUGCACAGAUAAAAGCAGGGGCAUAUGAUUACCCAUCACCAGAAUGGGACACAGUGACCCCUGAAGCUAAAAAUCUCAUCAACAGCAUGUUGACUGUAAAUCCAGCUAAAAGAAUAUCUGCCUCUGAGGCACUUAAACAUCCAUGGAUAUGUAACCGAGAAAGAAUUGCCUCUGUAGUACAUAGACAAGAAACAGUAGACUGCCUCAAGAAAUUCAAUGCCAGGCGUAAACUUAAGGGUGCCAUCCUAACUACCAUGCUGGUUAAAAGGAAUUUUUCAACGAGUAGUCUGUCUAGUAUGGGGUCAUCCCAAGGCUCAGUGAAGAAGCAGGAAUCUGAUUCAAGUACAAGUUCGGUCACGCCAGCUACCAAUGGUGGUUCCCAGGGCAUAGUCAAUGCAGCUGGAGGAUCAAGUCAACAACAACAAAAUCAGCAACGUUCUCAACCAGCAGCUCCCGUUUUCAAUGAUCUUAAAAAUAAAUUAAGUAUCAUCAGCGAGAAACCCUCGCUAGAGAAAACACUGACUGAGCGCAGCAUAGCAGCAAUUACAGAAAAAUUACACGGUGAUAAAAGUGAAGGCAAGAGUUUGAUGGUAAAGAAGAAUGAUGGGAUCAAGGAGUCCACAGACAGCAGCACAACCCUGGAGGAUGAAGACACUAGAAUGAGGAAGCAAGAGAUAGUGAAGAUUACUGAACAGUUGAUCGCAUCCAUAACUGGAGGAGAUUAUGAUGCAUAUACUAAACUAGUCGAUCCCACAUUAACAUGCUUUGAGCCUGAAGCGUUUGGGAACAUGAUAGAAGGCAUGGAGUUCCACAAGUUUUACUUUGACAAUGUCAUGUCAAAAAACAACAAAGCUAUUAAUACCAGUAUCUUACAUCCUCAUGUGCACUUGUUAGGCGAUGACUCAGCCUGCAUAGCUUAUGUUAGGUUAACUCAAUAUCUAGACAGAAAUGGGAUGCCUCAUACAAUGCAGUCAGAAGAAACCCGGGUGUGUAGUUGUUUCACCAUGUGGGUUGUAGCAAAUGUCACGGAAUCAAUUUAGUGAAACCCGACAAUUGUCAUGGAGAGUCACAUUGCUAGUGCUGCCACCUAUGACAAACAUUUGAAUCGCAUAUAAUUUUGCUGUGAAUUGCAAAUUUGCGGACUAUUCACAGAAAUUGUGGAAAUUUAGCAAUUUUUCUCUAAAACUAGAUUUCAUUGUACCUGCGAUGGUUUAAUGGAAUACAGAAAUAGACACAGAUGAAAGUAGUCCACAUUGCAUCUUCAUCACACAAUGUACUACACAUAGUGAAAAUGUUAUUAACUGGCAUUUAUUAAUAUUUCUAUCAAGUAAAACCUACAUGUACAUGUAGUAUGGUGUCUUGACUCUGGAAACUGCACGGUGGUUUACAUGGUAAAGAUGAUUUUGAUUGGCUAUUAGAAAAAGAGUUCUGAUGAUGUCAUAAUUUUUAGCUAAAAAUCAAAUGUGAAGAAAAAUAUGUAGGUACUAUUCAUUUUGUCUUGUACAGCAACCUGUACCAUAUUACUAUAGCCAUAGCUAUAUUCCUGUAUAUUCAUGGUCCCAAACUACCAUACGAUCAAAAGUGAGAAUAUAUUAUGAAAAUUGUAUAAUGCCUAAGCCCCUCAGGAAUAUUCAGUCAUAAUUUGGGUGAUAUAGAAAUUGGAGUAAAAAUGUUUCGUAGUUAUUUUUUGUUUUAGUUUUUGUUAAGCACCAUGUGACAAGAAAUUAUAAUAAAAUUCAAAGAUUAUAGUUUCAUUAUGAAUAUCAGAAGUUAGUAUAGUUCAAUAUGAAGCAAAUAUCGUUAAUAACAAAUUUUGCUAUAAUUUUUACAGUCAGUUGGAAUAGCAGGAAAAAUGACAUGUACUAAAUUUGGUGCUGUAAAAGAUAACAGCGCAUCCUUGUAAAUAGAAUCUUGCAAUGUAUGUACAUAUAUGGAACUUAAAACAUGUUAUUAUUGAAGUAUCCUACGAGAUACUAAAUUUUAUUCAAACAUUUACAUUUGUUUUCUUUUUAUUAUUACGUACAUGUCUGCUGUUGUUGCAAGGUAUAUCACAAUUUUUGCCAAUAGUGUAAGAAUUCAUAUUUAAUAUUUGUGUUUUUUCCUUCACUGAUGUAAUAGAGAAACUGAUGUAUAUUGUAAUUUUGAUUCGUAGGUAAAGCAUCUAGAAAAAAACAGAACACUUUAUUUUGCUCAGUAAGUCACAAUCCAUAGUAUGGCAUUUUGUUAAGAUCAAUUCACCAUUUUGUCAUUGAAAGUUUAAAAAGUAAACGAUCAGUUUUUAUUUAGAUGUGUCAACAGUUUUGGAAAUUUUGUAAUUUUUCAGAGAUUAUGUUUUAAAUGUGUAUGAGUGCAAUAUACUCUCUGGUGUAUCCGCAAUACAUGAUUUUUUCACCAGUUUCAUUAUCACUGAAUUUGAAAUCAUAAUACAUCAAUAAAAAUCAUCAGAUAAGUUGUUUCUGUAACUGACUGGGCUCCUCUCACAGCACAUUACUUCAUUGUACGAUGUACAAUCGUACAAUGUACAAUCGUACAAUGUACUUGAGAGCACUCAGUUCAGUUCAUAUCAAGUACAGAUCUAUUGGCACAGUAUUUUUACACUUUCUGGAUAUUGUAAAAAAUUAAAUGUGUGUGUUUUAACUUUCAUUAAAUCAUAUAGAGGUCAUGCUUGCAAAUAUGUAAAAUCUAAGACUAGAUAGAGAAAUAUUUGAAGAUUUUGCUCAUUUUCAAACAUCAUCUUUUAAUUACAAAGAUGCACAUUUAAGCGCAUCUGUAAAAUGUUAAAUGUGUAUUUUUUGGAAAAUAAGGAUAUAUUAUUGACAACAUAAGUAUUUACAUUUUGCUUGAUGGAUUCUAAGAUAGUGUGAUAAUGGUAUAGUUUUAGAUUCAACAUAACACAGGGGAAAUGCUAUAACGGUCCCUGUUUGUAUCAACUCACUAGUAUUACGCUCAUUAUAGAUUCACAAAUCGUAUAGAUGGCAGUAGUAUAUUUUUUGUUCACGUUUGCUUCCAAAAAGCUCACAUAUUUGCUGUCCAGUUUAUUAGAAUGGAACAAUAACUUAGUAAGGGGAGGGGAUAUAUUUCAUCAUAGCUCAUUCAUUAACACAAUGCACAUUUUAAGUAUAUUUUCAGGGGAUGGAUGGAACUUAAUAAAUUUUGUUUUAAAAUUGCCCAUUUUGAAUACAGCAAAUAUAUCUGAUUAGACAACGCUUUUCAAGAGUGUGUGUCUAAUAAAUCUUAGUUUCUGAGCUCCAGGGGUCAGUUUUCCAUUUUUGGAACAGUUGUAAAUUAGAUCUAGUUACAAGUCAUUCGUCAAAAAGUAGACAAUGGCUUUCCCGGAAUUGUAAGUUAUGAUUGUACCAAAAAUGAACCCCAGGGUAGGUCUAGUACAUUACUACAUUGGAAGUUUGAUUGACUCCUCUUAUAAGAGAUGCUGCCAUCUAUAGAAUAUUAAUGUUACUAUAAAGAUGUAAAAAUUUCUGUAUGUGGUUUAGAUUGGACAUGUGUAGUCCCGUUAUUAUCUUUUUCCAAUUUAAAAUUAUAAUAUUAAAAAUAAAGAAUAAAACAUGGAA